GCCUGAUAAAAAAGAUAGUCUAGGUUAUUUUACAGCGCGAUAACGAGAGUAACCUCCAGAGUGCAGAAUCGGCACCGCAUCUCCUGGGCAUGGCGACGGCCGGCGAAGGCUCAGACAAAGCGCCGGCAAGGAAGCCGGCGGGUGCCAAUGGAGUAUCGGAUGAGGCGAAGCGUUUGGUAGAGUACGCCAUUGGCGAAGCUAUUAGAUUUAAGCAGGCCGUCUCCGCGGCCACCGAUGCCGCCGUAUUUUCUGCUCGUUCAGGCCUUUCUCAGGUUAUUUCUGCAUCUUCAGACAGCCUUCAGGAAGCACAGGGCUUGGUGAAAUGGGUGAAGAGCGAGUACACUGCAUACGAGGAUUUGUCUGUUGAGAAGAUUAAGGAGGGUAUUUAUGUUGCAGCUUGUCAUCCGGGCAUUUCUCUUGCCGUUGCAGGAGGAGUGGGGCUUGUAGUAUUGAAGAGACCUAGAAGUUUUCUAAUACGGAAUACAAGGCGGUUAUUUUUGAGUGAAGAGUCAAUGCUUGCUGAUGCUGAAUCAAAAGUAAAUGAUUUGCGACAAUCAGUCAAUCUCGUGAAGAAUGAAAGCAGAAAGUUGGGGGAAAGGGCCUUAAAAGCAGAGGAAGAAAUGGAGCGGGGGAGGAAGGCUCUCAUAGAUGAAGGACGUGGAAUUCAAGCUGAACUGCGUUUUGUCAGAAAAAUUGAAAGAGAUAUAAUGGGCCUGAAAGACCUUAUUAAUGAACUUCCUCGGAGAGAAGCAUCUCGAUAUAGAUCAGUGAUUUCAAACUUUGUUUCUCAAGUCAAGCAUGAAAAGAAAUCUCUCAGUAACACUGCUUCGAAGAUCGUCAACUACGGCAUCCCUUUGUGAUGACAAUCAUUAUACUUUAUAAGUUUAAUUUAAGUGUGUGUUUUUUCCCCUCAAUGCUUACCUGUAUUAUUAUCUAUGCCUUCAGCUCUGUUCUGACAGUGAUUGUCAGCUUCUUGUACCAAUAUGAACCGAUAGAAUUAAUAAUUUUAUUUCUGGUUAAUUAUCCAUACAAGUUAACUUUAUAGA